AUGAAAACUGAUAUCAGUGAAAGUAAAACAAAACGUUGGAUAGUAUUUAUAUGGUUAAAUGAUAGCAAUGUCUUUACUUCUGUACGAAUACUACUAUGGUCCAAUAUAAUAAACAAAAUUAAUCAUGAACAUAUUAUAUCGAGUAUUUUAAUGAUUGAUCAAUGUAAAAAUGAAUCAUUUUUGAAUAUGGUUGAAAGACUAUCAUUGAAAAUAAAUUCAAAAUUUAUGGAUAAAUGUUCAACAGAAUAUAUUGAAACAAUGAAAAAUCUUCUUUAUCAUUCGGUUUAUAACAAGCAAAAAAAUGAGGAAAAUAAUGAUUUGUUAAUAGAUUUUUAUAGUGCGUGUAAAGAUUUUAAAUUAGAAAACUAUAUAGUUACAUCAAUGUCGUCACAACAAAAAGUUCAUCUUACAGAUGAUUUAUACAGUCAACUUCAUACAUUUGCGAUACAAUUUUCGAAUAUUGUUUCUAAUGACUUGUCGAAUGAGUUUGAUAUAAUUCAUAUUUGUGAUUCACAAAAAAAAUAUCAGUGUGAAAUGUUUUCAAUUUUAACUCAAAUUUUAUAUCCAAGUUAUUCAAGCAUAAAACAGUAUUUUAUUCCAAUAACACCAGUAACAAUUAAUAAAGAUCCAAUCUCGACAAUAUACGAUGUAAAAAGAAUAUACGAAUAUCUAACCGUAUUUAAAUUACAAUUGAUCAGUCGUAGACAACAGUCUAUUCUCUAUUUACAAACAAGUAUCAAUAAUAAUCGUGAUACGAUAUUUUUACUAUAUUUUGGUGCACGUAUUAGUUCAAUAUUGACUAAAUUUGAAACGAAGAAAAAUGAAGGUUAUUAUCCUGAACGAGAAAUAUACGGAAAUCAGUUGACAAGUUUUUUAAAUUCAAAGAUCGAACAAGAUAUCUUAAUAUGGACAAACUCAUUUGAUACAUUUGUGUUGAAUCAAUGCCAACUUCAUUCAACAUGUUCCACUCAACUACAUUUGAAUGUCAAUACGAUAUUUCACGAAACAAUGAGAUUUUGUCGUCGUUUAAGCCCAUAUUAUUCAAAAAUUCGCGUUUUAACUGAAAAUCAAUCUCAUUUAUUAACAACAAUGUUUGCUCGACUAGAAUUAUACCAACGUAUUUUGAAUAAUAUUCGAUUUACACUAUCGCUUUUGGAUAUCCCGUUGAUCGAGCGAAUGUAG